AUGCGUGAGGAUCUCAUCACUUCGGCAAUCUCGUUUUUGUCAGACCCCAAAGUCCAGUCUGCCCCACUUGCAAAAAAAGUGUCAUUUCUGGAAUCCAAGGGAAUGACCUCUGAAGAAAUAGAAGAGGCCAUGGCACGGUCUAGUGGAAAGGUAGCCACUUCUUCGGUACCUUCUUCUGUCGGUAUUCCUCAGGGUCCAGGAAUGCAUGUUAGUGGUCCAAUGGUAAUGCAGCCACCUCCUGUACCUCAGAGACCUUCUUAUGAUUGGAGAGACAUAUUUAUUGCUGCAGUAUUGGCAGGUGGUGUUGGAUAUGGUGUCUGGACAUUGGCCAAGCGACUUUUUGGCCCUUGGUUUAAAGUUCCCACACAAAAAGAACUCGAGGAAGACAAGGAGAAACUAGAUGCCCAGUUCCAAGCAGUAGAGGACUCUCUAAAGGAUAUCAAAGAACAGACAAACGAUGCUCUGGAUACCGUUUCAUCACAAUCCAAGAAAGUAGAUGAAAGUAUAGUCAGUCUUGAGGGUGUCUUGAGAGACCUUAAGCAAGGUGAUCUCUCGCGAGAAGAAGAAUUCAAGACUAUCAAGGGUGAUGUUGAGGCAUUAAAAGAGCUUGUACCAAAGAUGCUGGAUCGUAAUAAGGAGUCUCAGGGACUCAUUCUCAACGAUCUCCAGACUGAGAUCAAGUCUUUAAAGUCCCUUUUGCUCAGUCGUCGUCCCACCAACGGAGCUUCAUCGUUGCUUGAACAGGGAUCAAGCACACCUGUAUCUCCAGUACACACAUCUACUUCAGCCAUUGACACCACUCCUGUUGGCCUCUCUCCUCGCCUCUCAGCUGCCUUCAGUUCAAGUCCCCGUGCUGGAAUUCCUUCCUGGCAGAUUGCAGCAGCAGCAAAGUCAACCUCAGCUGCAGAUCCCAAGCCUACCAUUGCAACUGCUGAAAAUGCCACUUCUACCGAGAACUAA